AUGAGCUUUCGCCCCAUUCAGCAGCGAGGAUUAAUAGACAAAGCCGUCGAGUUACGAGACUCACAAAUUCUCAACAUUCAAUCCUAUGAAAAAAUAGUGUGGCGAAGGCGAUUUAUGGCCGUGGCGACAGUAAUUACAUGGAUAGCCGUUAUUGUGUUGAUUGCCGCUCUGGCGACUCCAAAUUGGGCAGUGUUGGAUUUUAUGAAUACUGAAUAUCAGCAAGUACAUGUUCAACUAGGAGUAUGGGGAGAAUGGCGGACUAUCACAGAUGUUUCCCAUAAGAACGUGGAGUGGAUUCCUCACUUUCCUACACCUCCAGAAAAUGUGGCUCGUCUGGCCGAUGCUGAUCUGAAACAUUAUUAUCGAGCUCAAGCAGCCAUUGGAGUGAUCGCGUUGUUUCUACUGCUAUCAACGAACACUUUGGCUCUCUAUACCUUCUACCACCAUCGAUAUAUUUAUAAACGACUUACUGCGGGAUUAUUCCUGCUUGUUGCCAUGGCAAUUGUUGUCGUGAUUGAAGUGCUGUUGAAAAGCGUAGACGAAUGGAAUACAGCUGUAGCUCAAGCCUCACAGCACGGCGACUGGGACUACGACGCAGUGAAAGUGACCGGCUACUCGACGCGGUUGGCGCACACUUGGAUGAACGAUUUGGUAAGGAAGACCGUAGAAUGGGUGAGAUCUCUGAAUAUCUCGGUGGAACCGCUUAUGCUCGUUUUAGCAGCGUGCAAUGCAGCCAGAUCCAUUGCAACUCCCGAAUUGUCCGAGCACAAAAUGAUGCGGGUAUAUCCUGCUCCACCGGGACUCAGCGACAAAGAGUUGAAGAAGUUCUACAAUAAAAAAAUGGUCAUCUGGGACAACAACUACACAUAUGUGAAUCUGCCCAUUGCCUGCAUUGCCGGAAUCAUGUAUGGCGGCUAUAGCGACUACCAUGGACGAAAACUGCCACUUCUGAUUGGGAUCGCAAGCGUACUGGUGGAGAAUGCAAUGAGAGUGCUUAUUUGGUCACCAUCGGUGGACAUUUCACUGUACUGGCUUUAUCCGACCGCCGCCAUCACUGGCUUGAUGGGUGAUUUCAUGCUGACUAUGAGCUGUAUCAACGCUUAUGUUGCUGACAAAUUCGACAACAAAGGAAUUCUGUCGAAGAGGAUGAUUGUGGUCUCCAUCAUGUUCAGUCUAGGCUCUUUCAUCGCUUCACAGUGCACGAAAUAUAUUCUGUAUGUAGUUUCUUCGACUAUUCUCCUUAUAAUUGUUGAAGGAAUACUUCUGGUGUCCGUCGUCAUGAUCGCCAUCUUUCUGAACAACACGACUCCCAAAAAAAGAAGAUUAUCAGACGAAGAAAACGAAAGUGAAGAAGGGGAAUUGCCAAGCACCAAUUUUCUUGAAGUCACCAAACUUUCGUUCUACUCCUUGUAUGCUUCUCUAAAAGUAUUCUUGCUAUCUCGUGAAGGUCACAAAAGGUUAUUCCUCUACCUGACUUUUACGGCGAGCUUCAUGGAUCAACUGGUUUUUGGAGAGGAAAAAUCGCUGAUUGGUACAUACACUCGUUUACCACCGUUUAACUGGGACAGUCAGCAAUAUGCUGAUUACAGGUCCAUACGACCAAUUAUUCAAAUCAUUGGCAUGUUUUUUGGACUAUUUGUCUUUAAAAAGUGGUUGAGUCUUCGCGACACUUUCAUCAUAUGUCUUACUAUAGCUACCCUGGGACUGAAUGUGGUUAUGAUAGGUCUAGCCUAUUCAUCAUGGAUGAUUUAUGCUAGCUUGGCUCCAGGAAGUCUUCACGGUCUGCUAAAUCCGCUGAGCUACUCUUUCCUUUCAUGUCUCGUAGAGGGUAAUGAAACAGGAAAAGCAUUUGCCGUCAGUUCUAUAGCUUCAAAGUUGGCUGGAUUUGUACAAACCGCGAUACUUCAGAAUAUAUACAUUGUUACGGUCGAUUGGUUCCAGGGCUUUGUCUGGCUUAUCAUGGGCGGUAUCUGCGUAAUAGCCACGGCCAUAUAUUCCUAUGUCCAUGUUGUUGCAAAACGGGAAAACAUCGGGUGCUAAAUAUAUACCUGAUUAGAUCGUUCCACAUUGUUGUUCUUCGUUUGCUUUGUGUAUUUUUACGC